AUGUCGACUUCUUCUCGUGCCGGUCUUUCGGCAGGCCCACACAACCACCAUCCGCACCCACACCACCUCGCUGAGCAGCUGCCGCCAAUCAACUUUGAGCCAGCGUCUUCAGAACACACCGUGGCGGAGUCUGCGGGCGAACCAACGGGUGGGGCGUCAGAAAAGGGAGGCACAACUUCGGAUGGCGGUAUCGAGGCGGAUGCAGCGGGAACGACGGCGGGCGACGCUGAGAAGGGAUUGGCGAGCGCACCUGUCGUACUAGACUUCCCCGACGGUGGCUUCAGGGCUUGGAGCGUGGUCGCCGGAGCAUGGUGCAUAUCAUUCACGUCCUGGGGCUACACGAAUGCGUUCGGUGUCUUCCAGACCUACUACCAAGACAAUCAACUGCGAGACUAUACAUCCUCCGACAUUUCCUGGAUCGGCUCGCUCCAGCUAGCGAUGGUCCUGGCGUGCGCGAUCUUGGCAGGCAAGGCGUUCGAUGCAGGCUACAUCAAGUACCUGCUGAGCGCGGCAGUACUGUUCUACACAGCCGGCAUGUUCGGCUUUGCCUCCGCCACGAAGUACUGGCAGAUCUUCCUCGGCCAAGGAAUCGCCUGUGGCCUCGCAGCCGGAAUCGCCUUCAUCCCCGCCGCCUCGUCCGUCUCGCACUGGUUCCGCCGGCGACGAGCGACGGCACUUGGCGUUCUCGCAACGGGGAGCUCGAUCGGCGGAAUCGUCUACCCUGUCAUGAUCAAUCAUCUGUUUCCCAAGAUCGGAUUCGUUUGGACCGUCCGAGCAGUCGCCUUCCUCACCGUCGGACUCGUCAUCAUCGCCACCCUAACCAUCAACUCCCGCCUCCCGCCUCGCAAGGUCGAGCGCAUCUUCGACUUCCGCCCGUUGCGCGAGAAGGGCUUCCUCCUCGUCACUAUCGGCGAGGCUAUCAUCAUGUGGGGACUGUACACGCCUUAUUUCUUCAUACAAGACUACGCUCUCAAGUACGGCAUCAGCAGCAAUCUCGCCUUGUAUUCGCUCUCGAUCCUCAACGCCGCAUCAGUAUUUGGUCGCAUCAUCCCCAACUGGCUCGCCGACACCUACGGCCCUCUCACGAUCCUCACGCCGCAAUGCUUCCUCUCCGGCAUCCUCAUCUUCCUCUUCAUCCCCAUGUGCAAGAAUACCGCCGGUCUCGUGGUCUUUACGAUUCUCUUUGGCUUCUCGUCCGGAGCUUACGUCUCGAUGAUGCCUGCGACGGUCGCGUCGCUUACGACCAACAUGAACGAACUGGGACACCGGACGGCGACGAUGUUCUUGAUCGUCUCGGUCUUUGCUCUGACUGGAACGCCCAUCUCCGGCGCGCUUGUGCACCACGACCCAACCUACGUGAGCGCCUUCUGCUUCGCCGGAGCCUGCGUCAUCGUCGGCUCGUGUCUGAACCUGUGGGCGUGGUUCGUCGUCUCGAAGCAGAAGGGGACGCGGUGGGUGUAG